AUGUCUAAACCAAUUUUCGUUGUUGUAAAUGCUUUCUCCAAACAAGGUAUCAGUAUUAUUAAUACUUUGGUUGCAGAAGGUAACUAUCAAAUUCGUGCCACCACAACACGUCCAGUAUCAGAUACCCCAGCAGCUUUGAAGUUGAAGGAGAGAGGAGUUGAGGUUGUCCAAGUGGAUUAUACCAAGAAAUCUGAUUUCAACAAGGUUUUCAAUGGUGCCAAAGCUGCAUUCUUGAUGACACCAGCCAUCAGCUACACCGACCCAGACUACUACCAAAAGGAAAUUGAAUACGUCAAGUACCAAGCAGAUGCCGCCCUCGAAGAGCGUUUGGAACAUGUUAUCUUCUCUUCGGUUGACACUCCAGUCUUGACAGAUGCUCAUCGUGCCGAAUUCAAAUUCGAUAUUCUCUCAUGCCGAACCACUGUCCAACGAUACAUCGAGUCACUGCCAUUCAAAUACGUCAGUACUUUCAAUCUUGCGUUCUUCUACUCGAAUCAAAUCGAGUUUAUUCCACUGAUUAGAAACGAAGAUGGUUCGGCUGAGCUCGCACUCCCACUGCAACCCAAUGACUUGUUGCCAUACAUCGAUACCUACACUGCAACCGGUCCAAUCGUUUCAGAGUUCCUCCAACAUCCAUACCAAUAUAACCGUGCGGUAGUACCAGUGGUUGCCGAGUACCUGACUGGUGUGCAGCUGGCAGAGAUCUUCCAAGAGGUUACCGGUAUUAAAACUAGUUUCCGUGCAUUGGAUCGUCAGGCAUACAUUGAAGCCGGUGGUCUCAAUGGUGCACCAGAGUUGGAGUUAUUGGGUAAUCGUCUCUUUGAAAUCUGGGAUUCCACCGCCAAGUAUGGAUACUACUACAAACACCGUAAUACUAAACUCUCAAAUCAAAUCAAUCCAAAGCAAUUGAAUUGGAGACAAUUUCUUGAAACUACCAAAUGGACUGGUGAAUCAUAUCAAGAGUUUAGAGAGAAGAAUAAUUAUUAA